AUGAUGACCAUCCGCGCCAAGUUGACCCCGGAGGUGCUGCUCUCGGCCCCCCGUAGAUCCGCGGGCAGCCCCAAUAGCUCUGGCAAGCUGGUCCUGUAUACUGUGUCUACGUACUCGUUCCAAGAGCAUAAGAAGACCAAUUCAAUCCAGGUCCUUGACCUCAAGUCUGGCCACGCCACGACUCUGUACACCGACUCGAGCUACAGCGAACCUACGUGGGUAGGGGAGACUGAGUUCGUCCUGAUCAAGAGCGGCGAGAAGGGCACGUCGAGUCUCGUGCUCGCCGACGUGAAUAGUCCAGGCGCAUCACCAAAAGAGAUCAGCAAGUUUAGCGGGAGCAUUUCAAACCUGAAGGUGAGCAAGCAGAGCGAUGACACCUUCGCAGUGGCAUGCUCCGCAUUGGUAGACCCCUCCGGAGCAAUCCACAACCCGGAGAAUGAGAAGAAACCACACUCCAGCGCCAAGGUAUAUACCAGCCUCUUUGUCCGGCACUGGGACUCCUGGGUGAGCGAGAAUCGCAAUGCCAUAUUCUACGGCUCGCUCAAGAAGACCUCGGGCGCCUUCGCCCUCGAGUCCCCCGGCCUGACCAACGUCCUCGCCGGCACGCGGCUCCAGAGUCCCGUGCCACCCUUCGGUGGCACGGCCGACUUCGACAUCAGCUCCUCGGGGAUAGUGUUUGUGGCGCGCGACCCGGACCUUAACCCAGCCACGCACACCAAGAGCGACCUGUACUAUGUACCCCUGUCCAGCUUCACGCAGUCCAAGCCUCCGGCUCCGCAGCUCAUCAAGACAGGCAAGCUGCGCGGUUACAGCGGCGCGCCCGCGUUCAGCCACGAUGGCAAGUCAGUCGCCUUCACACGCAUGCGCGACAUCCAGUACGAGAGCGACAAGACGCGGCUGCUGCUCGUGCCGGACGUCAAGGACCUGUCCAAUGUGCAGGAGUUCUACGAGACGGCCGACGGGGAGGGCGGCUGGGACCGGAGGCCCGACAGCAUCCUGUGGAGUUCCGACGACAAGGAACUCUACGUCGUGGCAGAGGACCUGGGCCGGUCGAAGCUGUUCCGGUUGGCUGCCAGCCCGCUGCUGGCGAAGGGGCUGCCCGAGGUCAUCUCGGACGUCGAGGGCAGCAUCGGCGACGUCAGGGCGUACCCCGGCGGCAAGGUGUUCGCCAGCGGCUCCAGCCUCACGGACAACUCGCUGUACACCGUGAUAGACCCCUCGUCCAAGAGCACCAGCCUCGUCUCGUCAAACACCAAGCAGGGCCGGGCGUUCGGCUUGUCGCGGGCGCAGGUCGACGAGAUCUGGUUCCCGGGCGCGGGCGACUACGACGUGCACGCGUGGGUGGUCAAGCCGUCCGACUUCGACCCGGCGAAGAAGUACCCGCUGGCGCUCCUCAUCCAUGGCGGCCCGCAGGGGAUGUGGGCCGACAGCUGGUCGACGCGGUGGAACCCGGCCGUGUUCGCGGAGCAGGGCUACGUGUGCGUCAUGCCGAACCCGACGGGGUCGACGGGCUACGGCAUGGCGCUCGAGAACGGCAUCCGCAACGAGUGGGGCGGCCGGCCGUACCAGGACCUGGUCCGCUGCUUCGACUACGUGGCCGACAAGCUGAGUGGCUAUGUUGAUGUUGAUAACGCUGUGGCCGCUGGGGCGAGCUACGGUGGCUACAUGAUCAACUGGAUCCAGGGCCAGCCGCUGGGCCGCAAGUUCAAGGCGCUCGCGUGCCACGACGGCGUCUUCAGCACCCUCAACCAGUACGCGAGCGAGGAGCUCUUCUUCCCCAUACACGACUUUGGGGGCGAGCUGUGGAAGAACAGGGAGGGGUACGAGAAGUGGGAUCCUGCGAAGUACGUGGACCAGUGGGCGACGCCGCAGUUGAUCAUCCACAGCGAGCUCGACUACAGAUUGCCAAUAACCGAGGGAUUGGCGGCGUUUAAUGUGCUGCAGUCUCGGAACGUGCCCAGUAAGCUUCUCGUCUUUCCAGAUGAGAACCAUAGAGCAAUACAGAAGGCCUAUAGCAAGCCACAUGACACCAUGUUCUCAGCUCCUGCAAUUCCUGCUAACAUGCUUCCCUCGAUUGAAACCCUUCCAGACCCAACAACGCCAAACGUCAGCAACCUGAAACCUCUUGACCUAGACUCCAAGGAGCCAGAUCCUCGUGCGCUUCGGACCUCCAUGUGGGAAGACUUUUGA